AGCUCUCAAAAAACAAAUCAAAUGUCAAAACAGGAUAGAUGAGCGGAAAUUAUGUUAAAUUUUUAAAUAAUUAAUUAAAUAUUAUAAAUUGUAAUAAAGUAGGUGAAAUAAUGAUCUUACCAAAAGUUAUCCAGGCUGGUCGCAUUCCUGACUACAAUGCUUUCAGACCAUUGAUUUCCACAAUACGCCAGAAGCACAGCAGUAAGAAUGACAUCAACGAUCACAGAGCGAAGAUCAUGGCUCGAGGGCUCCCGGAGAAGAAGCCGCUGCCUGGAGUCAAGAACAUCAUCCUGGUGGCGUCCGGCAAGGGCGGCGUCGGGAAGACCACUACUGCUGUGAACCUAGCCUGUGCAAUGAAAGUGAUAGAGCCGGACAAGGAGAUUGGUCUGCUGGACGCGGACGUGUUCGGCCCCUCGGUGCCGCUCAUGAUGAACAUCAGCGGGGAGCCCAUGCUCAACGACCAGAACCAGAUUGAGCCUCUACUCAACUAUGGUGUUAAGUGCAUGUCAAUGGGCCUGCUAGUGUCCAGCGAGAACGCGGUGGUGUGGCGCGGGCUGAUGGUGAUGCAGGCGCUGGAGCGGCUGACCCGCCACGUGGCGUGGGGGCCGCUGGACUGCCUGGUGGUCGACACGCCGCCCGGCACGGGGGACGCGCAUCUGUCUAUAGCGCAGUCUGUGCCUAUUCGAGGCGCCAUCAUCAUCACAACGCCGCAGUCUGCCGCGCUGCAGGUCAUGCGACGUGGCGUCAAAAUGUUCGAGAAACUCAAAGUACCCAUCAUCGGCAUGGUAGAGAACAUGUCACACGCAACUUGCACCUCCUGUGGCGCCAAGAACUAUGUAUUCGGCACCGAGACUAAGAAAAUGGCGGACCAAAUGGGCAUUGAGAUUAUUCAGUCCUUCGAAGUGGACCAGGACAUGUCUGAGUGCAUAAACAGCGGGAAACCAGCGAUAUACGCCCUUCCCGAUAGCAUACACGCAGAGAAGUACAGACAACUAGCGAAUAGAGUUUACAAGUAUCUUGAGAAUAAGGACUCGGAACAAGAGAUCGAAGAGCAAUAGUGUUGCCAGGUUGAAUAAUUGUGUAGUUGUGAUAUUUUUACUCGUAAGUUAUUUUAUUAUUAUUAUUGAUUAUUAUAAUAAAGAAUCCUCACUCGCAUAUUAUGUAAUGUUAAA